CAUCGACGAUUUGGUUGUGCAAAGCUCCGCGUCAGUGCUUACGUUAUCCCGGUGACUUGAGUCGUGCGUGAGGAUGAAUUCCAUCGUGUGCAAAAUCUUCGUCUACGAAACCAAAGAUCAGCGAGUGCUGAAGCCGAGGAAGAUCGACGAAAAGGAAAACUUGGACAGAUUCGUCCGGGCCAAUUCCGUAAAGAAAUGUCUAUUUGGUGCCCCAGAUCGGGCCGAUACGAAACGGAUGUUGCAGGAUCAAUACGAGGUGGACAGGAAGCGUUUCAUCGACAGGUUCGGGUUCGACGUAGCAGAAUUUGAAAAUGAGGAAAGUGAGGGGAACAACGAAAAUGUUAACCACGAUCAGGGACAACAACAGAUUAGUAAAAAGUGUGUGAAUGGUAGGAGGAUUUUGAAAGGACAGAGAAGGGUGUUCAAACCCCAUAAUAGUCAAGCCGUUAUCACAGAUUUUUACCCAUCCAGGAAAAAUGUGCAAUCUACGGACCUCCCAAAACAAUCCAAAGAAAACUAAACCCUUUUAAUUUUGACUUAUUUAUGUAAAGACUAUAUUAAUGUAAUAUGUUACAGCACUAUAUCCAAAGUUAUUUAUUUUUAAAGAUGAAUACUUAUUUAAAUGUACUAUAUUCUGUUAAUUAUUAUUAGUCUAGUCGUUCUCAUAGAUAGUAUUGUAAAUAUAAUUAUUGUAAUAAUAUGUACGCGUAUUGAGAAAAGUACAACGUAUCCUGAGAUUGAAAAUUAUUUAUUAUCUAAUGUGAUAACGGAGCAGCGUUGGGUUGGCAAUUAUUAAUUUAUACGGGAUGUAUUUGAAAGAGACAUUUGAAUUUUUAUACGCAAACGAUCACACUUUGCUGCUCUUCUUAACAAAUAAGAAAGAUAAACCUAAAGACUCUUUAUGUUCUGUUUAGUGUUGGGUAUAAAUUUAUAAAUGCCUGCACCUUUAUCAGUACCUUUUGUAAUUCGUAAAUAAUGUUUUAUGCAGUGUAAAUAUCGCGUACCAUAACUUAGCUACCAUUAAUGCGGAUUGUUUAUUUUCCAGUUCUUGUAAACUUCAUUUAAGAGAUUAUGCAUCUGAGUAAUGGUGGUGUGAUACAGUGACACUGUGGGAAGAUUUAGAUAUCGUCCGGUCGGUAAAAUGACGUAAUUAUUAGGGUUAUAUUACCUCAAAAAAAA